GUAGCAAAUUUCAUUAGGAUAGGUCAAGAAAUGAGGGAGGGAGAAGCCCCUCAAUUUUCCCCAUUGACAAUAAUGUUUCCCUUCAUGCGCACCCGCUAUUAACGAGGUACAUACAAAGACUUGGAACUUUCGGAAAGUUUUGAACUUUUUGCUUCAAAAUUUGGAAAUGACUUUAGAAACAAAGUGCCAGUGCCCCUUACUUUCAAAGUGAGUAUUGAACCAUUUUUUUCAUGGAUCACACAUGCCUAGUACUUAGAGAUAAAAAUAUUUGUGUUUGUAGAUCCCAUUGGAGAGCGGGAAACAGACUGAGGUGAGCAGUCUCAGCCUCAACCUCAAUGGUCAGAACAACAACGGAGACAACGAAAAAGAUGACAGCAAGGAAGAAGACCCAGAGUUGAAAGAGUGGAAGAGCCGGUACCAAGAGGAAAAGCUCAAGGUGAUCCAUCUGGAGUUGGCGCUGGCCCAGAAGGAGAGGGAGUGCGAGGCCCUUUCAGAAAGAAGCAAGACCAUGAAGGAACGAGUGUGGGACCAGGUCCAGGAGAUCAACGAGCUCCUUCAAGACAGAGAUGGCGAGAGCCGCGGAUGGAAUGAGCUGAGCCAGCAAUACAGCCGGGACAACAUGGACGAGGACUACUAUCUCAACUUCUUGGCCGAACAAGUGAAAGAACUCAAGAGGAGAAAAGAGAGAACGGAGAAGGAGAAAACGGAGGAGAAAGGGUCUUCUCAGGAGCAAAUGAGCCAACUUAGAGAGAUCCAAUGGCCGGGAGUGGAGAAUGUCUCAAAGCUGGACAACGUGGCCAAGAAGCAGGUCUUGGCCGAGGAGCUGGCCACGCUCCCGGAUAAAUUUGAGGAGGCCAGGGGCGAAGCCAAGCACAGGGUGGAGGCUCUCGAGAGCGUGGCGCAGAUAAAGGAGAUGGCAGAGCGCAAGGAGUUACUGAGGGGCAAGUGUACGAGGAUGGAGAACACCACGAGGAUGGAGAACAUCGAGAGCCUGGGCAAGAAGGUGGAGGAGCGGAUAAAGGAGAUGGCGGAGAUGGUGGAGAAGGUGAAGGAGCUCUCCAAGGUUGAGCAAGAGAGGGAAGCCAAGCUCAAGAAGCUUUUCAGUGAAAUUCUGAACCUCCAGAGUGAACGCAGGGGCCCCUGGCUGCAUUACAAGAUGCCGCAGGCCACUGUGUCCUUAUGCCGAGAGGACAGGGAAAAUGAAGAGGACCUGAGGUAA